CGCUUCCGGUCUCCGUGCCUCGCUUCCGGCCUCCGUGCCGCGCUUCCGGCCGCUCGCUCCUUCCUUCCGCUUCUCGAUGGUGCGCGGGCUGCAGUUCCCCCGGCCGGCCGCCUGAAGUCUCCCUGUCUCAGGCUCUGCGAUAGAGUCCCUUCGUGAAGCGAGGAACGUCGGGGUUCACAGAUGGUCAGCGAGGGGCGUCACACGCUCCUGGGAGCAGUCGGCCGUUUCUAACAGGAAUCGGAAAGAGUCGCUUGCUCUUCGGUGCCGCCGUCAUCGGAAGAUCACGCUGUGCCCCCACCCCCACCCCCGCCCAGGACCCACUCCCCAUCGCCUGCAUCGCCUUCCCGGGCUGCGGCCACAGCCACCCCUGAGGUCUCUGCUGUUUCUUCCUGACCUCACCAAACAGCCAUGUCAUCAGAGUCGAGCAAGAAGAGGAAGCCCAAAGUGAUCCGAAGUGAUGGAGCUCCGGCGGAGGGGAAGCGGAAUCGUUCUGACCCCGAGCAGGAAGGCAAAUACUACAGUGAGGAGGCUGAGGUGGACCUGCGAGACCCUGGAAGAGAUUAUGAGCUGUACAAGUACACAUGCCAGGAGCUGCAGCGACUCAUGGCCGAGAUCCAGGACCUGAAGAGCAGGGGAGGCAAGGAUGCGGCAGCUGAGAUUGAAGAUCGCAGGAUCCUGAGCUGUGUUCAUUUCAUGACUCUAAAGAAGCUUAACCGAUUAGCCCACAUCAGGUUGAAGAAAGGACGAGAUCAGACCCAUGAGGCCAAGCAGAAAGUAGACGCCUAUCACCUGCAGCUCCAGAACCUGUUGUAUGAGGUGAUGCACCUGCAGAAGGAGAUCACUAAAUGUCUGGAGUUCAAGUCAAAGCAUGAAGAAAUUGAUCUGGUCAGUGUAGAGGAGUUUUAUCAAGAGGCUCCUUCAGAUAUCAGCAAGGCUGAGAUCACCAUGGGAGACCCUCACCAGCAAACCCUUGCACGUCUGGACUGGGAGCUGGAGCAGCGGAAAAGGUUGGCGGAGAAGUACCGCGAGUCCCUCUCCAACAAGGAGAAGAUCCUCAAGGAGAUCGAAGUGAAGAAGGAAUACCUGAGCAGCCUCCAGCCUCGCCUGAACAGCAUCAUGCAGGCUUCCCUCCCGGUGCAAGAGUACCUGUUCAUGCCUUUUGACCAGGCUCACAAACAAUAUGAGACGGCCAGACACCUGCCGCCUCCCCUCUAUGUCCUCUUUGUCCAGGCCACUGCGUAUGGGCAGGCCUGUGCUCAUAGGAAACCCUCCCAGCCCCCUAGACAGGAUAAAACACUGUCGGUGGCGAUCGAAGGCAGUGUGGACGAAGCCAAGGCCCUGUUUAAACCUCACGAGGAAUCCCAAGAUGACGAGAGCGACUCGGAUGCCGAGGAGGAGCAGACCACGAAACGCCGGCGACCCACACUGGGAGUUCAGUUGGAUGACAAACGCAAGGAGAUGCUGAAGAGGCACCCGCUGUCCGUCAUGCUGGACCUGAAGUGCAAAGAUGACAGUGUGCUUCACCUGACGUUCUACUAUCUCAUGAACCUCAACAUCAUGACAGUAAAAGCCAGAGUGACAACUGCCACGGAGCUGAUCACCCCCAUCAGUGCAGGUGACUUGCUGUCUCCUGACUCAGUCCUGAGCUGUUUGUAUCCUGGGGAUCAUGGAAAGAAAACGCCGAAUCCAGCCAAUCAGUACCAGUUUGAUAAAGUGGGCAUCCUGACUUUGAGAGACUACGUGCUUGAUUUAGGCCACCCCUACUUGUGGGUACAGAAGCUGGGUGGCCUCCACUUCCCUAAAGAGCAGCCCCAGCCCACGGUGAUCGCUGACCACUCGCUGAGCUCCAGCCACAUGGAGACCACCAUGAAACUGCUAAAGACCAGAGUGCAGUCCCGCCUGGCCCUCCACAAACAGUUCGCGUCCCUGGAACAUGGCAUUGUACCAGUUACUAGCGAUUGCCACUACCUCUUCCCUGCAAAGGUUGUCUCUCGCCUGGUGAAGUGGGUGACGAUUGCCCAUGAGGAUUACGUGGAGCUGCAUUUCACCAAAGACAUUGUGGAGGCAGGACUGGCUGGGGACACCAAUCUCUACUACAUGGCACUCGUGGAAAGGGGCACAGCCAAACUCCAGGCAGCUGUGGUGCUGAACCCCGGCUACUCCUCCAUCCCACCCAUUUUCCAGCUCUGUCUGAACUGGAAAGGGGAGAAAACCAGCAGCAAUGAUGACAACAUUCGGGCCAUGGAGAGCGAGGUCAACGUGUGCUACAAGGAGCUGUGUGGGCCCCGGCCCGGCCAUCAGCUCUUGACCAACCAGCUGCAGCGCCUGUGCGUGCUGCUGGACGUCUACCUGGAAACUGAGAUCCACGAUGACAGCGUGGAGGGACCCAAGGAGUUUCCCCAGGAGAAGAUGUGUCUGCGGCUUUUCAGGGGUCCCAGCAGGAUGAAGCCGUUUAAAUAUAACCAUCCUCAGGGAUUCUUCAGCCAUCGCUGACCUGCUCGGCCUGUGGUUCCCUGGGCCCUCGGUGCUGUGCCUCCGCUUCCUCUUCUGUCCACAUGUGGCUCCUGAUAGUCUCCAAAGGCAGGUUUUAUAUUUCUAGCCAAUUAAAGUGUCAUCUGACCAAGUGGCCUUUGUCUGGUGGCUCUUUUGGGAGGAGGGGGUGGCUUUGCAGUCUGUACGGGCCAGUAGGAGCCACAGCACGGUGUGAAAGAGCAUUUGUGGGUAGACUUUCUCCGGGUGGCCAACCCCACCUUAUUCGUUUCUGCUUUGGGCAGUCCUCAUUAUCUAGGUCAAGCAUGUCAAACUCAAGGCUAACAUCGGCCAAGUAAACGAGGCAUGGGGCCUGCGGGCCGCGAGUUUGACAUGCUUAAUCUAGGUAUUUAUUAUCCUGAGUCCGUGCUAUUAGGAGGUGGCAGGGGAAACCAAAUCAGCGUAGCACAAAACCCAAAGCUCUUCUUUCCCCUCCCCUCAUCUCUCCACUGGACCUGUCGUGUCGGUGUCUCUCAUGGCCACAUUCUCUGAUCGUUGCAUGUCAUGAACGUCUGACAGUGCAGUGCACAUAGGAGACAAAUACAUCACCAAGAAUAAUUGUAAAUCGUGCAGGAUUUGGUGAAGUCGAUGAGUGAUUUUGGAGACUCACAUGCAGAGCUACCACCCACUGAGGCUCUGGCAGAGUGAGGCCAGGUGGCAUCCGAGAAUCUUCAUGAUGAAGACAGGCGGAGUGCCUCCAAAAAUAAUGAUCUGACUCUCAAAGGAUUAAGAGAAGUCCUGGGGAAAUAGGUAACACCUUCUAAAACGUUUGCAAAAUUACCUCCUUGUAAUCCUGCAAAAGUCGAAUGAAGUGAAGGGUGGCAUCAAGUGUUCUUGGGCAGGUCCAUCUGAAAAAUUAUACUCCUCCAAAUCAGUACCCUGUUCAUUCUUUAUUCAUUUUAACAAGUCAGAUAUAAAGAUGUAAAAAUAUAUGAGAAUUAUUACCUAGUUGCAAGUAUAAUCUAAAGUUUGCUAGCUACAAGAUAAGUUUCUUUCAGCUUUAUUGAGAUAUAAUUGACAUAACAAUGUGUAAGUUUCAGGUGUACAACUUGAUUUUUUGUAUAUUGCACA